GCUACCUAGGCAACGAAGCCACCCUGUGAAAAAUCCAAACAAACGGUUAUUUUCAUUUAUUGUCAAACCUAAGUUAAAAUGGAGCCAGAAGCAAAUUCAAUAAAAACUAAGCGCAGCAAGAAAAAGAUGAAAACACAAACAACACGUGCAUAUCGCAAGUCUGAAAGGGAAGUUCAACAGUUGCUGCGGCAAAGUGAAAAGAGCGCCGCACAACAAACAGCAGAUGAGGAUUUGGAAGCGCGCAGUUUGCAGUUUUUUCACAAUGCCGAAGCAGUUGAUUCUGUGGACGCCUCAGCUGGCGGAAAGGAACUUCCAAAGGAUGACACACCUGCACAAUGCACUGCGGCCAGCUUCUUACAAAUUGAACUCGCUGAGCCACCCGUUGUGUCCGCAAAGCUGCAGCGACAGCGCCAUCAUUAUGACUCCACUUUGUUCUAUUCGCCCAGUGAUCGGCUGCAUUUGCCACUGCAGCUAAGUGAAUGUGAACCCCAGCUGAAGCCCCAGCAGAUACGCAUGCUGAAUCGGUUUCAGGAGGAGGCCAGAUAUAGUAAAACGUCCGCCAAACUAAAUGCCAGAUUUAUCGCGCAGCUGUCAGACUGUGAAUCGGGUCGUUUCACCAUCGAUACCACGCUCUACCACAGCAAUUGCUCGAGGCAGUUUAAAGGCGUCUUCCUGGCACCUGUGCCGUUGGCGACCUUCCACGGACUGCCCAUGAGUCGUUGCCUGAAGUUGUGCCUGAAACAGUUGCGCUUCAGCGAGCAUCCACAGCUGCUGGAGGAGCAUCGGCUGGCGCAGCAACUGGAGGAUCUCUACGAUCUCUACACAUACAAUGUGAACAGUCAGAUUUGCAAUAAGCUGCGCGAAGAGUUGCAAAUCGCUCGCAAUGUGGCUGCCCGCCUAAUCGAUGCCAGCAGGCAGCAGCAGCAGCAGGAGCAGGAGCCAUCGCUGCUGGCGGUGCACGUUCAGCGGCAAUUGCUAUUGACGCAGCAGCUGCGAAAACGCUACUAUGCCGAGUCCAGGGCGCAGCGUCUGCUGCUGCAGCGUCUGCUCGCCGAAUGGGCUAAAUUGAAGGAGCUGCGCAAGCGACAACAGUUUCGGUGCACACGCUUCAGCCUGAGCCUGCGGCUGGUGCCGCCUGCUGAUUUGAACGUCUCCUGCUCGGCGUGGAAACAGCGUUUCGAGACACUGUAUGAGAAAUCGACAAUAACGGCGCACAGUCGCCGAUUGGCGCUGAUAAACGCUCCGGUGCAGGCAACACAAAGGGGCAGAUCGGAGGAGAAAUUAAGCUUCGAGGUGACAUCAUCGAAGACUUCAUCAUCGGCAAUGCGCCCGAAAUUGGCCGGGGACCUCUAUGUGCACAUUGAUUACUAUUGUCCUGAUGGCGGCAGCAGCAGCAAUGAGCUGGACGAUGUGCAGCCGCUGCCGCCGGCACUGAGGCAAACGUUGCUGGCGAACAGUUUGUCCGCGUCGGCGGAAGGAGGCAGCGAUGCAGCGAUACGGCAUGCGCCGCUCAUCUUUGCCGAGCAACAGAUGCUGUUGUGCAGCAUCGAGGAACUGUUCCAGAACAAGAGAUUUCAGCUGCUCUAUUCGCGACAUCAGCAGCGCAAUUUUCACACCAAACAGCUGAGUUUCGUGCCAGCGCUGGCGCAUGAAAUUGUUGAGCUGGAGGAGCACGGACCCAAUGCGAAUGUUGGCCAAUUGCUAGAUCCGGGCACCAUUUGGCAUCCAAUCGAUCUGCACAAGCAUCGGGGCCGCAAGUUUCUCCAACUGCUAUACGAGACCAUAAUGAACCAGUGCGCACAGCGGGCCAAGCUGCUUCAAGCACCAUUGCCGCUGCUCCAGCUGUGGAGCGAUGGCUCCCCCACAGAGCAUUCAAUGGGCUGGUCAACAAUUUGGCGUGCACUCUGCUCCAUUUUUGUUCGCCAAUCGGGCAACAGUCCCAGCCGUGAGCCGCCCGUGUGGCAGCCCCAGCCGACGUGUGCCUCGAGUCAACAGCUGCAACAGUUCAUUGUCUCGUUGCAUGUAGUGCGUGCCACGGGCGUGCCAGUGCGCAGUCGCCACAUUCUCAACGUGGAGCAACAGGGACGACGACGGAACAGCGCCGGCACAAACAGCGAUCUAAGCGCCAGUCUAUUCGUUACCCAGACGCUGAUGUACUCGAAUGUACGUCCAUUUAUAACACUAAGCUAUGGCCAGAGACUGUGUCGCAGUCGCACCGCAGAGGGCUCGAAUCCCACAUGGAAUGAGCAUCUGCAGCUGCAGCUGACGGGUCAGCUCAGCGACUUACGUGAGGAUCUGAAGAUUAGCCUAUUUGACGAACUGAUCGAGCAGCAGUACACGGACGAGGCAUCCGAUCUCUACCAGCGCGUGCAAUGCAACUGGCUGGGGGAAUAUCGAGUGCCCAUUAGCAGCCUCUUGGCCAGUCGCAAGUUCGAGGGAUGCAUUGAGCUGUGCAUGCCCAAGGUGCUGGUCGGCUAUAAGCGGCCGCUGAUUGAUUCGGUGACCAAUAUAUCGGUGGAGCAAUAUCCGGAGUUCAAGGAGAGUGUGCAUCUCUGGUUCUAUCUGAGCGUGGAGCCGGCCAACCAGGUGAAGCCGCUGCAAAUUGGCGGCCUGGCCUGUGCGGAGCUGCCACAACUGCAGCAAUAUUUGCGCGAGCGCCGCCUGGAGGUGCAACCGCUACUGCCACAUCCGCAACGAUAUGUGGAGCCGUUGAUAUGCACUUCGCAUGGCAAACGCGUGUGCCUCACACGUCUGCUGGAGCCGGUGCCGCUGCCCAGCGAAUCGCAGCUGGAGCGUGUUUGUCGUUUUGUCUCCCUGCUCACUCCGGUGCGCAGUUCGCUGGAUGGGUGCCAGAACUUUGAAGGCGUUUGGCUGAACAACCAAACGCUGCUGGACAGCACCUGGUGCUCCGUGAAGGAUCUGGGCGUGCUGUUGUGCAAUUAUAUGCUGGCAUUGGGCCUCGAGUGCUGGCUGCUGCUCGGAUUGGCCUGUCCCUAUGGCGAGUCCACGUUCGUCAUCUACCGACAGCCGGACAGCGGCGAACUGGUGCUAGUGGCGCCCACAACUGGCAAACGCUACCAGCUGCAGGAUGUUUUUUGUCCGCUGACACGAGUCUACUCGCUGGUGACGCCGCAGAAUAUCUAUAUCAAUAUACAGGCGGAAGAGCGCGUCAGCAUGACGAAUUUCGAUGUGCAGAACAGCGAAUGCUGGCUGCCGGUGUUCACCAAGCGGCAGGAGGCGCCACGCGGUGGCAUCCAGAAGCGCAACUAUGCGUACAAGCGCAGCUAUCACCUGAGUCAGCUGCAGAAGCAUAUCGAGCGCAAGAUUAUGAAAAAGAUAAGCGCCUGGCGCACCACACGCAAAACACUGUGGAACCGUGCCUUUCAGCCACACCUGCUGAGAAUUUUGAGUGAAAUGGAGAAUUUGAGUACGCUCUCAGGCAAUCGCUACGAUGAGCCGGCCUUCAGUGAGGAGCUGGAGCGCGAGUUUCCCAACUAUAGGCUUUAUGGCUUUACCAUAAACUUUGCCUACACCAACCUGUCGGCGAUAUCGGAGCGCAUUCGCACCAGCUGCAUACACUACAACAACAAUGCGGCCGUCGAGUUCUGUGUGGCGGUGCACAUUAAUGCCUAUGCCAACGAUGUGCUAUCCGUUUGGGUGUUUCUGCUGUCAAUAGUGCCACUGGUCGCCUAAUUGAUUGACUCGCCGUGCAUCAAUGCGGUGUAAAUAGCGUCAAUGCUCGGUUGUUGAUAACGAAAUUCGGUGAGCCGGCUGUCUUCGUAGAUAAUGCCCACAAACGCUAAUCAAUAAUAACAAAUUCUUUAUCACUCACUGCACGAAAAGCGGGAAAACAUACUCAUUGGCAGCUGCAUAUCCCUUAUUCUGUAUGCCUCGUAUGCGUAUGUGCCCGGCUAUUGCCUAAGGCUGGUUGGGUUUCUA